AUGCGAAAGACUAAGGAUAUCGAACGCCUUGAGCGAAAACAUUUUAGUCCAGUAUCUUACCGCGCAUCCCAACAAAAUGAAAAAAAGUCCGUUUUGGGAAAACCUCUUGCAGAACGUGCGUUAGGUGCUACGCUCCAAUGCGGCCUUUUUGGCCUCUUCGUUUGUCUCUUCAACUGUGCUGACUACUUUGCCCUCAUGUACGAGAGUUUCAAAAACUCCCCAGAAUUGUGGGAGUUCCUCUUUUUCUCCGUAAAAGCGAGGUGGACCUACGUGAGGUUCUGCAGCAACUUUCUGCUUUUUGUCUCGGAAUUCGUUGGACCUUGCUAG